UGUGUUGUCUUUCAGGCAAGCAUUCACAUCAGCUCCCAGCGCCCUUUGCAGUAUGGCUGGCUGGCUUACAUGCUGGGAGAGAGAGCCUCUAAAAAAUUCAACGAAUACAGUAAAAUCUUCACAGUGGAUGGCAACCUGUCGUCUGGGAAGGGCAAGCUGGCACAGCAAAUUGCCGAUAAAUUAGGAAUGAAAUAUUUCCCAGAAGCGGAUAUCCAUUAUCAAGACAGGAUCGCAGGGGAUGGACCGCUGCUGGAUGAGAGGUUUAAUGGCUUCUGUAACCUAGAGAGAUUUUACAAUGAUCCAAAAUGCCCUGAUGGACACUCUUACAGGCUGCAAGCUUGGCUGUUUGGUAACCGUGUUUUACAGUACUCUGAUGCAUUGGAACAUCUGCUCACCACAGGUCAAGGUGUGGUGAUGGAGCGCUCUCCCUACAGUGACUUUGUAUUUUUGGAUGCAAUGUUUAAACAGGGCUAUAUCCACAAACGAUGUGUUGAUCACUACAAGGAGAUUAAAGAGAUCGGCAUUUGUGAAUUCCUGCCACCUCACUUGGUCAUUUAUUUGGAUGUACCUGUCCCAGAUGUGCAGAAGAGGCUUCAAGAGAAAGGAGAGCCUUAUGAGAAAAAGGUGUCUGCUUCGUAUCUCCAGAACAUUGAGGAUGCUUAUAAGAAAACCUUCUUACCAGAAAUGAGUGAGACCUGUGAAAUUCUGCAGUACACAGCAAGUGAGGCAGAGGAUGUGGAGAAGGUAAUUGAAGACAUUGAGUACUUGAAAUUUGACAAGGGCCCAUGGCUGGAACAAGAUGAUGUUUCUUUCCAUCAUUUGAGACUUUUUGUUCAGGACAAAGAUGGAGUGCUGGAUCCUGUAGCUAUCCCUCGGUUCAUUCCAGAAAUCACAAUUGGAGGCGCUGAAUAUGAUAAAAUCUAUUACGAAUUUCGAUCGAUGCACAUUUCAAAAAGCGAGUUCUGGAUUUUGCCUGGAUCCCUACCUUUUUUGAAGUCUAACUUCUACAUAAGAGGAGUAGUGACACAAAUGGUUUGCUUCCUGGUUGCAAUUAUAAGAAGGGCUACAACACUGAAGUUGGUGACAAAUGGAUCUGGCUGAAAUGAAAUCUGCCUCGCUCGGGAGCCCUAACAGUGAUCAACCACAGCACUUCAGUGGAGAAGAAGCUGAGUUCAGUGUGCCUGCUCUGCAUCAAUUCUGUGUAGCACAAAGGAAAUGCUGGAUAAAUCAUCUUCCAGCUACAGCAUAAGAGAACAGACUCCUGGAAGGCAAAUGCAAAUCACCUCAUUCCGAUUUGUUCUUCCCUGCUGAAUUCAGGGUGCUUUCUCUUUGAAUGCUUGAUAGCCUAUGUGUAAUAGAAAAGUGGUAUUACAGGAGCAGACUUAAGAUCAGUGCUGAACUUCUUCAUCAAGACUGUGGCAUGCUAUUAUACAGAAUUAUUGUUGUUUUCCUGAAUGAAGAGAAAUUAAACCUGUAUCCUCCUGGUUCUCACAAAGUUAA